AUGACGGGUUCCUUAAUGACGAUGCCCAUGCUGAUCGUCAACAUGGGCGCCGAGAUGAUCUACGUGCUGGAUCAGCGUCUUAAAGCCCAGAACAUUCCUCGAGACAAGAGUUCUAAAGUACUGGAAGACAUCGUCAAGACAAUGCACAAUGAAACAUUCAUGACUGAGCUCUUCAAGCCUCAUCGCAUGUAUUCAAAUGUAUCAACACGUCAGAUCUUCGAUCGCCUAGCUCACUCUUCCAUCAUGAGACUCAACGCCAAUAGCAUGGACAAACUCUACGAUCUGAUGCGUAUGGGUUUCAAGUACCAAGUGUUGUCUUGCUCCUCAGCCGACGAGUUAAUGCAAGUGACAAUGAAUCAUCUCGCCAACACGAAAAACCUCGUGGACUCGGCUGAAGUCAAACGCCAAGUGGACGAGACCAUCCAACUCACCUCAGACAACUUCGGUGGUAUGAGUCCCGCAGACUUCUACAUGCUUAAGCAAUAUCUAUGUCGUUUCUUCCAGGACACACGCAUCAAAGUGUCUCUCUUCCUCCAGCACGGUAUCCAAGGAAUGGAUGGAACACUAGCCAUCCACUACGACGGCUUCACAGCUACGGGCGGUAAAGUACCGGGCACUAUUCGCUACUUUGACGAGUCGAAUCGCGUCGAGGACGAAGAAACCUUCGCUAUUGCCAGUGCUGAGGGAUCCGUUGAAGCACCCGAAGGCUCAGUACUUGACCGAGAGCAGUUAAACUCUCAUCUGGGCUUCAAUAUGUACGAGGCCGACUCCAAGGACGGCACUGGAGGCUUCUCGCGUUCCACUCGCCAGCUCUUCGCCGACAGUAAAGCUCGUGGUGCUAGCACAAACCCCAGUGCGAAAGGCGUGGCCCCACCCAAACAUCAAAAGACUUUCAAAGCCACAGCAGCCGAUGGACUCAACUUGCUCGCUGAUCUGGUGGGCAAAUCUUCGUCCGCGAAAGACGUCGAAGGGGACAACAAGGCGUUGCGUAUCAACCUGUUCCCGGACGACCCAACGAAGCCUGGGUCUGGAGAUGACGAAGAUGAUAAGGAAGUCCCUACCAUUUGGAUUGACGCUGCGAGUGACCGCAAGACCUCGACAGAUGCGAUCCUGCAGGACUUCAAGAUGGACGAUGCCAAACGCGAGAGCAAAGGAGGUGACGACCUGCUCGACCUCAUGGACUCGACUGGCUGA